AUGGGGAAUGAAACGACUAAAAAUCCGAUUUCGCGAAACGAGCGAAACAUUGUGCUGAAUCUUCUCGACCGGGAAAUAGGAACACAAGACACAAAAUGUAGUUUCAAAGAGAGAUUCAAGCAGUAAAUUAAAUUUCAGACUCUUCCUCAAAAGGCUCAUAUCGCCAUCCGUAUCAGCUGGUUGCUCCCUUUGCACCUCGCAACUCUUUUAAAAUUUCUUUCAAUGAUCUGGAAACGAAUUCCGGGUUAAUCAAAUUCGAAUCGCUGGCGAAUUGUCUCGGCUUCUCGCCAGAUGGAAGACUCGUCGCUUUUCACAGUCAUGCCCGUUCGGUUCGUUUCUGAUUUCGAAACGAAGGAAGAUCCAAGUAAUUGAAUCGUUUCAGAGAGUAUCCAUACUCGACUACUGCGGCGUUGAAGGCCUCAGACCUAAUGAGCAAAAAGUGGACGUAAAAGUGAGUUGGGCUCUCCGCCGUCCAGAUCGAGUAUAUUUGUUGCAGAAAGCCUUUUACAAGAGACUCGAUGUGAAUGUGAUGCGACCGCUCAUGGAUUUCAGUUAUAUCGGACAGGGCGUGGAAGCGAGCUGGUGGACGGACGAUAGCGAAGCGAUCAUACUCCAUUUCAAAAUGGAGAGCAUGCCAGAAUCUCGUGAUGUAAUCGAACAGGUUCGGACACUAACAACUACAUGAAAAAUAAAUUUCAUGUUUCAGGAAGAGCGUGAAUAUGACUAUGAUGAAGAUUUGGCACUGAGAAUCGAAGAAAUGAGAAGGCUCGUAUUGUACAGGGGAUUACACGUAAGAGAUAGGGCAAACAACCCGGAGGCAGUAGCAGAAGACGAAGAGGAGGAAGAAGACGAAGAAGAAGCAGAAGAGCAAGAAGAGAUUGAGGUGGUCGAUGAGCAGUACACACCCGUGGAGUCCGUGUCCACGGAACUGAGUUCGAAUGGAGAACAAAGGUUGAUCGAGAGAUCGGAGGAAAGCGCAAAGUCCGAGGAAGAGGACGUUCCGAAGUACCACCAAUCCACUGAGACCAGCAGGACCGUUCCGUUCUACUGCGCAGUGUGUUCUUCGUCGGAGCAGGCCUACGAUGGUGAUCUGGCGAACGGAGAGUGCAGUCGGACAAUGACUGUCUACCAUGCGAUCACUUCUUCAAUGCUCAACGAGAAGGACAAUACGGAUCCGAACGGGGAGAGUGAGGAAUCGUCGUCGAGACCAGAGCCCGACUUGAAAAGGGCAAAGGUUGAGGAGAAGAGCCAGAGAGAGGAGCCCGUCCCUGUUGAGAAAGAGCAACCAUUUGCGUCAAUGUUGAAAGACGCAAUAAAAAAUAAGGAAAGCCUAGAUCGUGCAGCUAGUUUACUUAUGGGGAGGAUGCGGAAACCUUCGGAUAAUCUCCGGAAGUGGAUUGACCGUGCUCUUGAACUCGCAAAACACGAAGAAAACAGGAAAAGGGGUCUCGGCUACUGUUCCACGUCAUAUCUCUUCGGACGAACACAAAAAUUGACGCUCAAAUUCACUUAUGAGGAGAAGCUCCGUUUAGCAAUACAACGGGAGAAGGAUUUAAUACGGAAUCAUUCAGAUGAUGUCAAAGAAGAUCCUCGCGCAGAUACCAAAUUCACAUUUGUGUUUAUUGCUGUGAACGCCUGUGUAAGUUCUGCUUCUUUCAGAAUACCAGUUAGCAGAAGGCAAUCUUUCAGACGGGUCAGAUAUCCAUGUGCGAUUUCAUCAAUACCCGGAAAGGAUUCAACUUUCAUAUAAGGGACCGUCAGUUGGUUGUUGUCAGCAACAACGACUACGUAGAAACGUACCGUCUGAUGGGCGCAUCGUGGAGGAUCGUCGAUGCUUACAAGAUCUCUCCGCUCAUUUGUAUGUACUCGUGUCCAAUUUAUUACCAGAACGGAAACAUUCCCGGAAGGGCUUCUUCUGUAGUUCACAGAAGCGGGUAAUCGAUCACUGGAUAUCUUUUUCCAAGUUUGUUCUGUUGCAGAAUGAUUUUGGGAGACUUUUACAAUCCUUAUGCCUUCUACAGUCCCAUUCAGCAAAAUGCAAAGGCUCUUUUGUAUCGAGAUGAGCCCGAGUGGUUCGGCAGACACCCGGAGUUCGCAUCGUGAGUGUCUGCAUUAGAUGCAUUUUAAGAAAGAGUGACAUUUCAGACAGCACCCACUCAUCACAAGGUGUCAUCAAAUCCGAGAUGACAUUAUCGCUUUCACAGUCACUUACCGUACUUUUGCAUCCACGUAUUAACCGAUUACUGUUGAUUUUCAGAUAAACCUCACGAUGAGCCUAUCAAUCAGGGACUUGUCCUCAAAAAAGAGAACAAAGAACUCUCGUUCUACCCCGAUGUAAAUCUCUUUCCCUUUCUUUACGAAUAUUUUCUUUUGCUUAUAGUACAGGGAGUAUCUCCAACUGCUUUUCACUCAUCACAUGGCCGACCUGGUCCCUCGGCAAUGGACGUAUCUUUCUCCCAACCCUAUAACUACGCAGGAAUGGUUCAAGAAGGCGUACAUUGAUAUUUUCGAUCCCGAACGUAUGUUUAUCCCUGCUAACCGAGUGACAGUUCUCAUUUCUUUCAGAAAUGAACAACUAUGAGAAACUUCUGAGAACCUAUGAUUUUCUAACUGCACACAUAAACUGUCCGGUACGUGAUUCCACCCGAUCCGUUUUAAAAUUCUCAAUUUUUCCAGAAAAGCACUUCUAGUCCAUUUGUACAUGGCAAGUUUAACCCGCAAAUAAAAGCCGAACACUUUUUGUACACUUAGUGAGAUUCAGAAAUAUGUGUCUCAGAAUAAUUUACAAAAUUUAUUUUCAGCAUUUAUCGAUCGAAUGAUGGAACUCGCGAUUUACCGAAUGACCCAUUCACAGACUAUAUGAUGUCGAAAAGGAACAAAUUUUAUCAUCCGCACGACCCACUAACGAUUGUAAACGUGCACAAAAGUUGGCAAGUUGUGAUUCCCGAUGCCGCACCCGAAGAUGUGAUUGUCCCGACAAAGUGAUAACUAUUGCAAGCGAACUCACAAAUGUAUUUAUUCUUGAACAUGUGAUACUUACAACCCCGAGAUAAACCGUUGCCACGCGGCAAGUUGUAGUGAUGCGUUUAGCCAGAACAGCUGUUCGGAUCCACUAGGAAGUCGUGAAAAGGUGAGACGCAGAGCACCGGUGUACUGCUGCUCGCCGAGGAUUGCGAGCAGCUUCUCUUCACUUCUCUCCUCCACUCCCUUCCUACAACAAUGCGAAAUAGUGCACCACUCAGGGAAUUGCACGUGGCACUCGUCGGAAUGUCCGGAUCUGGAAAAUCAGGUACAAAACAGAAGAAAACGAGAAUGAAACAAGAAAAGCGAAGAUUUCAGCUGUGGCUGUGAAGUACAUCACAAAACGAUUCAUCGGAGAGUACGAUUCGACACUGGAAGACAACUACUGCAGACAGGAGACCGUCGGAGGACAGUGUCUGAUGGUCUGGAUGAUGGACACGGUGGAGAGCGCGACCAAGGACGAGAUGCGGUGGAUUGCGUGGGCGGACGUCUAUGUGGUUGUCUAUGACGUCACCAGUCAGCUCAGUUUCCAGUCAGUUUCGAAGUAUACUCCAUUCCAAAUGACAAGCUAAAUAUUCAGAUACUCGGAAGGUAUUCUGGAGAGAAUUGCCCGCCACGAACACGUUCUUUGUCCCCGAGAACACAGAACACUUCUGGUCGGCAACAAGAGCGAUUUGGAAAGAUACAGACAGGUUUCGGAGACGGAAGGAGAACGGCUCGCUUCCCAGCACAAAGCUUACUUCGCCGAGUGCUCCGCCGCCAGCGACCUGCGACAAUUCACGCAGAGUCUGCACUCUAUCUUUCAGGUAAAUAACACAGUUUUUCGACUCACUGAACGAAAGCUUCCAGUAUAUCAUCUCGGGAGCCCGCAGUCCCUCUCCGCGACAGUGUUCCUCGGAUUCCGAGAUUAUCACUCCGAGUAAAGAAUCCGUUCGGUCUUCUUUCAACUCUUUUGUCUUUUCCAGGAAAAGGCGCCUUCUCAUCUCUCCGCUCCUCUUCCCGUUCUUCGCAAGUUCGAGCCAAAACAUCCACGACGAAAACGCCGGCUCCGCUGCACAAAACUCCGUCGCUGAGCAAACUGAAAACCGGAAGCAAAUUGCUGAAACUGUUUCAUACAUAA